AUGAACAUCUUCGAAAUCGCAACUCGUACAAGACAUGGUGCGGCUGCUGGAAUAUUAUAUCAACGGAGAACCAAAAGCUGGUUUGAGAAGACUUUGUACGAGAAAGUGCUAUUACCGGAUGAUGAAAUGGCGCAGGAGUUCCUGGAAUGUUUGCGACGCAGGAAAAUGCCAGAAGAAUUUGCGGAGACUUCCAUAAAAGCCAUUUGUCUGUCCGGUGACGUCGAGUUCAACACGGUUAUGGAAAUAUUAUCUCUCUGUAAAGGCAUCAAAAAUCUCGCUCUCAUUCCCGACAGCGAGGAUUUCCAAACCAAUGUUUCAACUGUCCUACAAAUUUUGGACGCCUUGCCGCUCAAGGUGUUGUCGCUACAAAUUGGCGUGCAUCUCACUGAUACAUUGAUAUCUCAUGCCUCCUAUUUGUCGACUAUCACACAUCUGGAAAUCGACAGAUAUUCCAUGACUCGUGACAUUGAUAUUCAACGUUUCCUCAAUCUGACUCACCUAGCGAUCUGGAGUACGAUAAACUCUCAAGAGGGAAUGAAACCUUCGUUGCUCCAGCGGCUAUUGAGCCAUCCUGCACUCGAGGUCCUCGUUUUACGCGCUGAAGAUCACAAGAUUCUCGCAGAAUUCCUCGAACGCCACAUGAUAUAUGAUCCACGCAUCGUCCUUGCAACAUCAAGGGUGUAUAUAUGGGAUGAUCUAGGGCGUGCCUGUAUGACUUUUUGGGAGCUCGCGGAUGAAAAGGCAAAUCUUACCGAGCCUAAUCACAACAAGCAUAGAUGCUUCACUAGGACCACGCUCAUUAACCGCAUCAGCGAUUUCAUGGACAUAGAACACGUUCCCGAAGAUGACCUUGAUCAUGAAUCAUUUCAAUGUAGGAUCAUCGGUAACGAUGGUACAGUGACAUGGGGCUACUACAGCAAUACAUCGGAUGGAAUGCCCAUGAUAGAGGACAGUGACUAUGAUACCGAAGAGAGCGAAGAUUACGACAAUACACAUGAGGAGGAAGGUGAAUAUGCACCGGAUGAGGAUGGCAUUGACGCUGACGCUGGUCACCAUGACACUGACGAGGUAGACAGCGAUGGUGGACAUGACGAACAAUGA